AUGCCCGACUAUCAAUCCAUCGCAGCUCGCAAGCAGCAGCAUUUGGAAUCCCUCAUCCCCCCGGAAUGGCGUCUCGACGCCUCACAAAUCCCCGCGGGGAUGCUCUCCGUCGCCGACUCCGUCACCAACCCUUCCUACAGCGAGAGCAUCAACGUCGUUGAUAUUCCACGAACUUGCGGGCUACUCACUCCUCAUGAGCUGCACAUCACCGAAGACUACGACAUCCGCUCCCUCCUGACAGAACUCCACUCCAAACGCCUCACCGCGGAAGAAGUCACCCGCGCGUUCUGCAAGCGCGCCGCCAUCGCCCAACAACUCUCCCGCUGCCUCUCCGAGCCUCUCUUCACCCAAGCCCUCGCCCGCGCCCGCACCCUCGACACCCACCUCCGCAACACCAACACCCCCAUCGGCCCACUCCACGGCCUCCCCAUCUCCGUCAAAGACACCUUCCACAUCACCGGCGUCGACGCAACCAACGGUCUCGCCGCCCUCGCCUUCCACCCCUCCACCAAAGACGCCGACCUCGUCACCCUCCUCGAAUCCCUCGGCGCCAUCAUCAUCACCAAGACCAACGUCCCCCAAACCGUCUCCACCCUCGAUACCGCAAACCACCUUUUCGGCCGCACCCUGAACCCCCUCAACCGCCGCCUAACCGCCGGCGGCAGCACCGGCGGCGAAGCCGCCCUCCUCGCCCUCCGCGGCACCACCCUCAGCUUCGGCACCGACAUCGGCGGCAGCGUACGCAUCCCGCCCAUGUGCGUAGGCAAAUACGGCUUCAAGCCCAGCCACGGCCGACUCCCAUACGGCGGCCAGCAAGAGAGCGGGCAUCUGCCAGCGAAGAACCGUAUCGCAUUGCAGCCUGUGGCAGGAGUGAUGGGCCACUCCGUAGAAGACAUAGGUUUAGCAUUGGCGGAGAUCGUGCCCAGGGCAGAGCUGUUCGGAGAGGACUGUAUACCCGGGAACUGGGGACCAUCCCCAACACUAAACCCAAAUUUACCCCAAGCUACUAUGAAGCAGAAACUAACCAUCGGCAUCCUCCGCACCGACGGCCUCGUCGAACCCCUCCCUCCUAUCCGCAACAUCCUCAACGAAGUCGCUACCAUCCUCCACCAUCAUGACAUCGACCUCAUCGACCUCCCCACCCCACCCGCCCUCCGCAAAUGCCAAACCAUCGCCAACAAACUCAUGGGCAUCGACGGCGGUAACCCCAUGCACGACCUCCUCGAACAGACCAACGAGCCCCUGAUCCCCUGGCUCCAGGGCCGCUCGAAGCGCCGUAACCCACUCACGGUACCGGAAUUAUGCGAGCUGCAGCAUCAACGAGCACAGGUCCAGCGCGAGAUGAUGAGCAUGUGGACUUAUACCUCACCCACAGAAAACCAAGGAAAUGAGAGGACGAAGAGGAGAAUAGACGCAAUCAUCCACCCCGUCGCACCGCACCCCGUCCCCGAACACGACAAGUAUAAUGCAGUCGGGUAUACCUCAUCCUGGGUACUGUUGGAUUACCCGGCGGGAGUGGUGCCGGUGCGGAAGGUGAAGAUGGAGGAUUUGGAGGUGGGGAGGGAGAUGAAGGAUCCAGUGAGGGGGAGUUGGGAUGCGAAGAAUAGGGAGUUGUGGGACGAGAAACUCGUCGAUAGACGCAUAUAUCUUGAUUCGCCGCUUAGCGUGCAGGUCAUUACGCCUAGAUUGCAUGAUUAUGAGCUGGUCGUGGCGAUGGGGGUGGUUGAUCGGGCUGUGAAGGAGUUUUAUUCUAAGAGUCAGGAUACAGCGAAGCUAUAG